UGCUUAGAGGGAAGUAGUGGGUUUGCGCCUGGAUUGUGGAGUCACAGUGCUGCUGCGACUCUGAGCAUUCCCCUGUCACCGAAGGAGGCAGUGAGGAAUGAGAGCAUGUCUGUUUUUAGGUUGUGGCCUGGCCUGCUGAUCGUGCUGGGUUCCUUUUGCCCUAGAGGUUCACCGUGUGGUGUUUCAACACACGUAGAAAUAGGACACAGAGCUCUGGAGUUUCUCCGUUUUCAAGAUGGGCAUGUUAACUACAAAGAGUUGUUACUAGAACAUCAGGAUGCAUAUCAGGCUGGAACUGUGUUUCCUGAUGCUUUUUACCCUGGCAUCUGCAAAGGAGGAAAAUUCCAUGAUGUGUCUGAAAGUACUCACUGGACUCCGUUUCUUAAUGCAAGCAUUCAUUAUAUCCGAGAGAAUUAUCCCCUUCCCUGGGAGAAGGACACAGAGAAAUUGGUAGCUUUCUUAUUUGGAGUUACCUCUCACAUGGUGGCAGAUGUCAGCUGGCAUAGCCUGGGAAUUGAACAAGGAUUCCUCAGGACAAUGGGAGCUAUUGAUUUUCAUGGCGUCUAUUCUGAGGCUCAUUCAACUGGUGAUUUUGGAGGAGAUGUGUUGAGUCAGUUUGAAUUCAAUUUUAAUUACCUCGCACGGCGCUGGUAUGUGCCCGCCAAAGAUCUACUGGAAAUUUAUGAGAAACUCUAUGGUCGAGAAGUCAUCACCAAAAAUGUGAUUGUUGAUUGCUCAUACCUUCAGUUCUUGGAAAUGUAUGGUGAGAUGCUAGCUGUUUCCAAGCUUUAUUCCACUUACUCUACAAAGUCCCCAUUCUUGGUGGAACAAUUCCAGGAGUAUUUCCUUGGAGGACUGGAUGAUAUGGCAUAUUGGUCCACUAAUAUUUACCAUCUAACAAGUUUCAUGUUAGAGAAUGGUACCAGUGACUGCAACCUACCUGAGAACCCUCUGUUCAUUACAUGUGGCGGUCAGAGAAACAACACCCAGGGCUCAAAAGUGCAGAAGAAUGAAUUUCACAGAAAUGUGACUACAUCCCUAACUAAAGAUACUGAAAGAAAGAUAAACUAUACUGAAAGAGGAGUGUUCUUUAGUGUAGAUUCCUGGACUCCGGAUUCCGUAUCCUUCAUGUACCAGGCUCUGGAAAGGAACGUAAGGACAAUGUUCACAGGUGACUCUCGGGGGUCCCGGAAGCAUGUCUCCAGCCCCUCAGCAUCCUACUUCUUGUCAUUUCCCUACGCGAGACUUGGGUGGGCAAUGACCUCGGCUGACCUCAACCAGGAUGGGCACAGUGACCUUGUGGUGGGCGCACCAGGCUACAGCCACCCUGGCCACAUCCAGAUCGGGCGCGUGUACGUUAUCUAUGGCAAUGACCUGGGCCUGCCCCCCGUCGACCUGGACCUGGACAAGGAGGCCCAUGGGAUCCUUGAGGGCUUCCAGCCCUCAGGUCGGUUCGGUUCUGCCUUGGCUGUGUUGGACUUUAACAAGGAUGGUGUGCCUGACCUGGCCGUGGGGGCUCCCUCAGUGGGCUCUGAGCAGCUCACAUACAAAGGUGCAGUGUAUGUCUACUUUGGUUCCAAACAAGGGAGAAUGUCUUCUUCUCCUAACAUCACCAUCUCUUGUCAGGACAUCUACUGUAACUUGGGCUGGACGCUUUUAGCUGCAGAUGUGGAUGGAGACAGCGAACACGACCUGGUGAUUGGCUCUCCUUUUGCACCAGGUGGAGGGAAGCAGAAGGGAAUUGUGGCUGCAUUUUAUUCUGGCCCCAGCCAGAGAGACAAAGAAGAGUUGCACGUGGAGGCAGCCGACUGGAUGAUGAGAGGUGAGGAGGACUUCGCCUGGUUUGGAUACUCCCUUCACGGUGUCACUGUGGAAAACAGAACCUUGCUGUUGGUUGGGAGCCCAACCUGGAAGAAUGCCAGCAGGCUGGGCCAUUUGCUUCACAACCGUGACGAGAAAAGGAGUCUUGGGAGGGUGUAUGGUUACUUCCCACCCAACUGCCAAAGCUGGUUUACCAUUUCUGGAGACAAGGACAUGGGGAAACUGGGUACUUCCCUGUCCAGUGGGCAUGUGCUGAUGAAUGGGACUCUAACACAAGUGCUGCUGGUUGGGGCCCCGACACAUGAUGAUGUGUCUAAGAUGGCGUUCCUGACCAUGACCUUGCACCAGGGUGGAACCACCCGAAUGUAUGCACUCACAUCUGAUGCGCAGCCUCCGCUGCUCAGCACCUUCAGUGGAGACCGCCGCUUCUCACGGUUUGGUGGUGUUCUGCACUUGAGUGACUUGGAUAAUGAUGGCUUGGAUGAAAUCAUCAUGGCAGCCCCGCUGAGGAUAGCAGAUGUAACCUCUGGACUGAUUGGGGGAGAAGAUGGCCGAGUUUAUGUCUAUAAUGGCAGACACACUACCCUUGGUGACAUGACGGGCAAAUGCAAAUCAUGGAUAACUCCAUGUCCAGAAGAAAAGGCCCAAUAUGUAUUGACUUCUCCUGAAGCCAGCUCAAGAUUUGGGAGCUCAAUGAUCACCGUGAAGUCCAAGGAGAAGAAUCAAGUUGUCAUCGCUGCUGGAAGGAGUUCUCUGGGAGCCCGGCUCUCUGGGGCACUUCACAUCUAUAGCCUUGACUCAGAUUAAAGGCUGCACGCAUUUUCCUUCUCUGCCCCGCUUGGGCCGUCAUCCCCAGGGUGAGCAUUCCGCUGGACCGAGCGGCACAUCCGGUGCAGCUGCAGUAGAUCCCAAUGGAGGCAGGGCCUGGGAGGCCCAACAGCCGCACUCUCUGGGGUGUGGCACAGCGUGACUACACCAGGAGUUUGUGCAAUUGCAGACACUUUGCUUAUUCACAUCCCUUCCAAAGUCCACUUCCCUACUCCCUUUGCUCCUAGACCUUUCUUCGUUCCUAGCUUGUUGCUUGUGCCUGUUGCACAACCUAUUUGCUCUUCCUCUCGACUCCCCAGGUCUUUCUGAUGCCUGGAAAAGUCUCUCUGUGGUCAGCUCUGAGGACUAUUUCUGUGCACAAUUCUUCCUAAAAGUAUCUUUUAAAAAAAUUGGGGCUCAUCCCCAUCAAAGUGCAAUAGAAAGCACCGUAUACAGCAUUUGAGGAAGGAAAAAUAGGAGAACACUGUAAGUGUGAAGGAUAGUCUCACACUCCCAGAUCACUUGUAAUUUAGUCCUUUCUUAAUGAGGAUUAUUGCCUUUUCAGCGUAGUAUACAGUGAAAGACAAAUAUAAACAUUACAGCUUAAAAAUGUAGCUGGGCAUGGAGAAACGUCUGUAGUCCCAGUUAUUGGGGAGGCUGAGAAAAGUGAUCAUGCCAC